AGGGCGGGGAUUUAAAUGUCAUCCAAUCAGAGACGUCAAGCUGGGAACCGUCCAAUCAGCCACGCAGUUGAAGCGGACAGGGCGGCUUCCGGGUUUGGCGGGGCCUUUGUCUCGCUGCAGCCGGAGCUGCGGGUCUCGUCUUCAUUUUUGUGUCCUGUGCUCCUGGAGGCCCAUCUUCUGUGGCCCUGUGACCAGCAGGGGCCGUUGACAUUUAGGGAUGUGGCCAUCGAAUUCUCUCUGGAGGAGUGGCAAUGCCUGGACACUGCUCAGCAGGAUUUGUAUAGAAAAGUGAUGUUAGAGAACUACACAAACCUGGCCUCCUUGGGUAUUGCUGUUUCUAAGCCAGACCUGAUCACCUGUCUGGAGCAAGGAAAAGAGCCCUGGAAUAUGAAAAGACAUGAGAUGGCAGAUGAACCCCCCCCAGUUAUAUAUUCUCAUUUUGCCCAAGACCUUUGGCCAGUGCAGGGCAUAAAAGAUUCUUUCCAAGAAGUCAUAUUGAGAAGAUACGGGAAAUGUGGACAUGAAGACUUACAGUUAACUACAGACUGUAAAAGUGUGGAUGAGUGUAAUCUGUACAAAGAAGGUUAUAAUGAACUAAACCAGUGUUUGACAACUACCCAGAGUGAAAUAUUUCAAUGUGAUCAAUAUAUGAACGUCUUUUACACAUUGUCAAAUUCAAAUAUACAUGAGAUAAGAUAUACUGGAAAGAAACCUUUCAAAUGUAAAAAAUGUGACAGAUCAUUUUGCAUGCUUUUACAUCUAACUCAACAUAAAAGAACUCAUAUUAGGGAGAAUGCUUACCAAUGUGAAGAAUGUGGUAAAGUCUUUAACUGGUUCUCAACCCUUACUAGACACAGGAGAAUUCACACUGGAGAGAAGCCCUACAAAUGUGAAGAAUGUGGCAAAGCUUUUAAGCAGUCUUCAACCCUUACUGCACAUAAGAUAAUUCAUACUGGAGAGAAACCUUACAGAUGUGAAGAAUGUGGCAAAGCCUUUAACCGGUCCUCGCACCUUACUACACAUAAAAGAAUCCAUACUGGAGAGAAACCCUACAAAUGUGAGGAAUGUGGCAGAGCUUUUAACCGGUCUUCACAUCUUACUACCCAUAAGAUUAUUCAUACUGGAGAGAAACCCUACAAAUGUGAGGAAUGUGGCAAAGCUUUUAACCAGUCGUCAACCCUUACUACACAUAAGAUAACUCAUGCUGGAGAGAAACCCUACAAAUGUGAAGAAUGUGGCAAAGCUUUUUACCGAUUCUCAUACCUUACUAAACAUAAGAUAAUUCAUACUGGAGAGAAAUUCUACAAAUGUGAGGAAUGUGGCAAAGGCUUUAAUUGGUCCUCAACCCUUACUAAACAUAAGAGAAUUCAUACUGGAGAGAAACCGUACAAAUGUGAAGAAUGUGGCAAAGCUUUUAAUGAGUCCUCAAACCUUACUGCACAUAAGAUAAUUCAUACUGGAGAGAAACCCUACAAAUGUGAGGAAUGUGGCAAAGCCUUUAACCGGUCCCCAAAACUUAAUGCACAUAAAAUAAUUCAUACUGGUGAGAAACCCUACAAAUGUGAAGAAUGUGGCAAAGGUUUUAACCAAAUCUCAAACCUUACUAAACAUAAGAUAACUCAUAGUGGGGAUACAUCUUACAAAUACGAAGAAUGUGAUAAAGCCUUUAACCUGUCCUCAACCCUUACUACACAUAAGGUAAUGCAUACAGGAGAGAAACCCUACAACUGUGAAGAGUGCAGCAAAGCUUUCGACCAGUCCUCAAAUUUAUCGAACAAAGUAAUUCAUACUGGAGGGAAACCCUACAAAUGUGAAGACUGUGGCAAAGCCUUUAACCAGUCCUCAACUCUUACUAAACAUAAGAAAAUUCAUACUGAAGAGGAACUCUAUGAGUGUGAAUAAUAUGGCAAUGCUUUCAACAAGUCCUCAAUGUUUAACAGACAUAAGAUAAUUUAUACUGCAAAAAAAAA